GUGUUUGUGGGUAUUUGGGGGUGGCGGCGGAGGGGCAUUUGAUGGGUGAAGUGGCAGCACCGCCUUCAACUCUUCCCCCAUCGUCCGGACCGUCGUCGUCGUCGUCUGCAGCGUCGCUGAGCUCGCCUUUGACAUUCCCUAGACCGGCAGGAUCCGCUGGUCUUGUCUAGACGCAACCGCGCGUUCCCAGCAGCGUGCCGCUUGAUUCUAGCAUCCAACCCGACUCGACGUCGUUUCACACCUGUUCAUAUUCUUCCGAUCGUAAACAUGGCUACUCUUCACCCUCCCAGCCCCAGUCCUUCCCCCGGCCCCGGUGGUAACGCCAGCGGUCGCUCGCCCAACUUCCGCGCCUCCUUGGGACCCUCUCCCCGGCCCUCAGCGGUCGGCACGGGGCUCCCCCCUGCAUCUCCUCGUCCUGGAGCUGUUUCUGGUGCUGGCAGGCCCACAAGUGAGCUCCUCGGCAGUACUGGCAUGUUCCAGACUCCGGAAGCCGAGGCAAUUGAUCAGUGGUUUGAGACCUUCCAAAACUAUGAGGUGACGCUGGAAGAAAUGGCUGCUGCCUCUUUGGACGUCAACUUCAAGGAAGAAUUGAGCGCUAUCGAGCAAUGGUUUAAAGUCCUGUCGGAAGCCGAGCGCACAGCCGCUCUUUACAGUCUUUUGCAACAUUCGACCCAGGUCCAGAUACGUUUCUUCAUCACCGUCCUCCAGCAGAUGGCGAGGUCGGACCCUAUGACCGCCCUCCUCAGUCCCGCUCUUGGCAGCUCUAUGCAGAGUCAGAUGGAGGCCAAGUUGGCUCAGAUGAACCUGAAGUCACCCAGCCUCAAGUCUGGCCUUCCCGCCUCACCCACUGCUCGCAACUUCUCGGGCAACCGUCCCCAUAUCGGCUUGGAAACCAACCAAAACGGUUUCCUGUCUCCGGAUAUCGCGAGUCUCCCCUCUGCGGGUGGUCACGACCCGGCUGCUACUCUAGCCCAGCAACGUGCCAGGCUGGAGGCGAGGAAGGCGAGCAAUGCAGCCCACCGUAUCUCGGCGCCGGCUCUCAGUGCCAGUCUGAACAACGGGACCUGGGGCUCUGGUUCCAACCAUCUCGGCCAAGUCGACGAGCGCCCGAGCUCUCCGAAUUCUCAGGAGCUCACGAUCCCUGCUCCGAACGCCAAUGCGUCCAGACCCAAGAGCACCGACUUCACUGGUGCGGCCAACGCAUUGAAGUCGGCCAAGCUGGAGGACGGCAUGUCGCCGAUGGCCGAGGGAAGCUGGGCGAGCAUGGUGAACACGCCCCUCAUGCCCAUGUUCAAGGAUACCCGUAACGCUCAGCAGAGCCUCGACGCCGCCGCGGCGAAGCUCAACGACUGGACUGGUUCUAACAGCGGUGGCGGCGUGCCGCUUAUCUCCGAUCCGCCCAAGAGGCUGAACCGUCUGUCCAAGGGCAGCACUCAGAUGAACGACGACGAGGGCAGCAACACGAGCCAAGGCAACAACCAGCAGCACGGGCAGCGCAGCACCUCUGGUGGCAUGAGGAACGCCAGCGGGGCUGGCAACGGAUUUGGAGGUCAAGGUGGAUGGAACGGCUCGCGGAGCCCGGCGCUCUCAAACAACAGCCGACUUAACGACGACAACAACAACAACAUGAAUGGAUUGGGCAUGGCGGGCUUCGGCAUGGGGAUGGGUAGCCCUGGAUUGGGCAUGGGCAUGCCCGGCAUGCCGGGCUUCGGCGGGAUGCCGUUGAGCCCGUUCGGGAACAUGUUCAACAUGCAGAACCUCGCCGCGAUGAACAACAUGACGCCGGAGCAGCUGCUCGCGUUACAGAUGACAGCUGCCGCGCAGCUCGGGCAAGCGGGCCUGGGCGGAUUUGGAAUGGGUAUGCACCAGCAGAGCCCUUCGAGCGCGCGGAGCGGCCUGCGCAGCGCGCGUUCGCCGGGCAAGUCGCCGAGCGUGCGCGACAAGAAGGACGAGGAGGACGUGGACCCGAAGCUCCUGGAUGACGUGCCCGCGUGGCUUCGCAGCCUGCGCCUGCACAAGUACACGCCGAACUUCGAGGGCGUGCACUGGCAGGACAUGGUCGCGAUGGACGAGGCCGCGCUGGAGGCGAAGGGCGUCGCGGCCCUGGGGGCGCGGAGGAAGAUGCUGAAGACGUUCGAGGUGGUGCGCAAGAAGAUGGGCAUCGACCCGCCGGCGAGCGCGACGCCCUCCUCGGCCGUUUGAGCGAGCAGCUGCAAGCAAGCAAUUAAUUCAUCGUGCUGGUGCGGUGUUUCGUGCGCGUGCCGGCAUGGACGAUGAUGACCCCGAGAAUGGUCGCUCUCUGGAUCCACAAACACGCUGACGGCCCACGGUGCCGUAUACAUAUUUCUUGUCUCUCGUUUGUCUUCCUCUCUGCUCGUGGCUCGGCCUUCCCACUCUCUUCAUGUAUACCUCUCCCGGACGCUACCCUCGGCGAGGCACUCCAUGUUCGCAGAGGGUACGUAUGAGUGUACGCGUCCGCGUAUAUGUACACCAUAAUUUGUUGCAUGUACCUAGGUCUAUCUAUUCGCCUUCCGCUCAGCCCAACGUGUGUGCAUGCCGCUCGUCUCCGUUGUGCCCAGCACUUCUUGACGGGCGGACGCAAUGUCAUAUACAGGUAAUGAAC